AUGAUCCAACACCAGUCGACAGAGCCACCCGAGGAGGGUCAACGCUCGAUUUCUCCUGCUCUUUCAGUCGGUUCCGGGGAACCGACUGAUCGGCGAAGACCUGUUGCGGACGACGACUCGACCCACGAGACACUUUCACAGAGGAGUGAGCCCGAAGCUCCGAACUCGAGCCAAGGCCAAUCGGUAGCCGCCAACGAAAAAGAGAAACGGGAAGGCGACAAACAGAAGUCAACGUGGACCGGAUUUUCAGACUGGUUUGUAUGGGAAAUUCUGGCCGCUAUUCUAUCUGCUGCGACGCUCAUUGCCUUGGUCGUCGUCUUGGCCAAGUUUGACGGAAAGCCACAACCAACAUGGAAGCACGUCUCGCUGAACACAGUCAUUUCCUGGUUAAGUACCAUCUCCAAAGCGUGCAUUAUCUUUUCGGUCAGCGAGGCCAUAGGACAGCUAAAGUGGGUGUGGUUCGCGCAAAAGACGCAGCCCUUGUCGAACCUUCGGACGUUCGAUUCGGCCAGCCGGGGAUUCUAUGGGAGUGCAGAACUGAUUUGGACGCUGAGGUGCAGGCACUUUGCGAUCUGGGGUGGUCUUGCAGUCAUACUGGCACUGGGCUUUGAUCCAUUCACACAGAAUCUCAUCCACUAUUAUCCCAAUAUGGUGGAGGAUGCGUCCCAACAAGCACUCCUGGCAAACGCGUCGUCCUACGAUACAGCUGGGCCACCGACGGCUCAUGCCGCUGAGGUUUGGAUCGACCCGGUGCUCAAGGCGAACGUGUACAGUUCCCUCUUCAAUAACGACCAGUCCCGACCGUGGUCCAUCCCGCAGUACGCAUGCAGCUCCAGUAACUGUACCUGGGAUCCCAUUGCUACGUUGGAAGCGCGUGCAAUCUGCUCGAGUGUGACGGGAGAUCUGAAUAUGUCCUGUGACACCAAGGUUCCGGAGAAUCUUACUUAUGCUGGACAACCUAACUGCACUAUUAUGCUCCCGUCUAAUACAACCGCGUGGUUUAUACCAUAUCAGUAUGAAUAUGCAUCCAUCUCCAUUGCUGCGGUGCUGCCAGAUCAAGCGCUGGUGUACAAGAAUGCUACGCUCCCCCCUAUCCAGAUGAUCGCGCCAUACGAUUUCAAUCCCUCUGUUGAAUCCCCGGGCGAAGGGAAAUGGCAAGCGAUGGAGUGUUCUAUCGAGCCUGUUGUGCGCAGCUUCAGCGCAAUUGUCCGAGACAAUGUCUACCGCGAAGAGACACUGGGGGUCUGGACCCAGGGUUUCUAUUCAUGGGAAAAGAACUGGACCAACGUUCCGACUGGAUUCUACUUUGAACCGCCAUGGGGAUCCGAUUUGGGAAUCUCGCCAAGCAGCCGGUUUAUGCUGGGUAGCUCAGCUAUCAUGGGAAUCACCGACUUUUUCAACAGUCUGUUCUUCGGACAGUUCUACCUGCAGACUUUGAAUAGCGUAGUUUUCAAGACCCGGGAGCCUACCAUCUACGCUCCAAGCGAUUUCAUCCAAGCCAUGUCGCUGGGGAACAUUACAGGUUGUGAUGUCCGGUCCGUCGAGAAACUGGAAUGCGCCAUGAAAAACGUGGCACAGGCUAUGUCCAAGACCUUCCGGGACUCGGCCUACGUUGCGGCCAAUUCGGAUUUGAGUCGUGCAAACAUGACGGUUGGACGGGCGAAGACUAGUGUUUCCUAUGUUCAGGUGCGAUGGCCAUGGAUUGUUUUACCUGCUCUGGUUUGGGUUUUGGGGGCAGGAACGUUGGCCGGCACGAUAUGGAAAACUCGACGAGCACAGGUUCCCAAAUGGAAGAACGAUCCCAUCCCCUUGUUAUUUCUGUAUCAGGAUGGAAGUAAAGAGCGCGGUGUAAGCCUGACCAAGGCAGAUAGAGCGAACAACAUGGGCAUGCGGUUAUAUGAAGAUGACAAGAACAUGGUGUUGGCCAGUACAUAG